CGAGCCGUUUCAACCAGACGUCUUCCGGAUCUACUGGGAGAGUUGAGAUUUAGAGAACUUUUGUCCGAAUAAAAUAUUUACACAUCAUAUAAAGUCAAAAGCCUUGGGAAAAGAAAAAACAAGAUCUAGAUUCUAGAGAGAUGGAUGAAGAACUCAAGAACUUCAUCAUGGUUUGGGUUUCAGCAACAAUCUCGAUAUCUUAUUGUUACUAUAUAUCAGCAAGAAUUAAAUCUGGUGUGUUUCGAUUGCUCUCUGUUCUUCCUGUUUGUGCUUUGUUUCUUGUUUUUCCUCUGUUCUUUCCUGUUCACUUCUCUGGAUCCAUAGCAUUUUUCCUCUCAUGGCUCGCAAAUUUCAAACUCAUACUCUUCUCCUUCGACCAAGGUCCUCUUUCUCCACUUCCCCUAACUCUCUCCCGUUUCAUCUGCUUCACUUGCUUCCCAAUUAAGCCACUAGAAAACCCUAAAUCUCAAGAACAAAUCCCUAAAUGGGUUUUCGCCAUUAAAGUUGCCAUGUUUGGUGUGUUGUUGCAUAUGUAUGAAUACAAGCAAUAUAUAUCUCCUUCUGUGCUAUUGGUUCUCUAUUCUCUGCAUAUAUACUUGGAGCUUGAGUUUGCCUUAAUGCUCGUCAAAGUAUUGGUCUUUAUCACUCUUGGGUGCGAUCUAGAGCCACAGUCCAAUGAACCAUACUUAGCCACCUCUCUUCAAGACUUCUGGGGUCACCGGUGGAAUCUUAUGGUCCCCGCAAUCCUGCGGCCGGCGGUUUACACCCCGGUCCGACGACUUGCCAAACGGAUAAUGAACUCCGAUCAGGCUUUGUUCUUGGGAGUUUUCGCAACGUUCCUCGUCUCUGGUGCGGUUCACGAGCUGAUCUUCUUCUAUAUAACGCGUGACAUGCCUACAGGGGAAGUCACUUGGUUCUUUGUGUUACAUGGAGUUUGCACGGCGGCGGAAGUGGCAGUGAAGAAGCAGAAGAUUGUGCGGCGGUGGUGGAGAGUUAGUCCGAUGGUGUCACGGCUUCUUACGGUGGGGUUUGUGGUUGUGACGAGUGGUUGGUUAUUUUUCCCUCCUCUUAUACGGAGUGGCAUGGUCGUGAGACUCGCUAAAGAAGCCUUAAUGCCCGUUGAUUUCGUCAAGCGCAAGCUUUUGUAAUUCAUGUGUUUCUAUAGCUGGAAUAUUAAAUCAUACUACUGUAGUACUUUUGUGGAAUUUUAGAAUAACACUAACUAAAGAGAGUUUUAGAGGCUU